CAAUUUUUACAUGCCCUGGGUAAAGAAAAAGAUCAAAACUGUGAAUUUUCACAUUAAAUUUGCAUAAGAACUGAGAUCUCUCUUAUAUUACCGCAUAUUCCCGAUAAUUUCGUGCGUUGCACGCAAAGGCCACCUAGCGGUGCAUUUGCAUUUUGAAUACAAACACAAAACACUGCAACAGACGAUCUUCUGCCUCUGAGUCAAAUGGAAAUGGCUGACGUGGACAACUUGGAUAGCUAUGUAACAGGAAAUUUGACGGAAUCGAAAGUUUUAGAUAAAAAACCUUCGUCGGAUUCCAUGAUGUCUCUUCCUGUCAAAUUCAAUCUCUCCGUCCCAGUUGCGCAAGAAUGGCUUGGUUCACGAAGAAAAAAUUUGAAACCGUGGUUUAGAUUCGUACAAACCUCAAAAUUUCAGAGUCCCACAUCGGUUCCUGCACUUGGUUCAAGGAUCGUGAAAAAUGUUGAUCAUUUCCAAAGCAAUUAUUUGUGCAUUUUUAUCAUCCUCAUUUUAUAUUGUUUGUUAACAUCACCACUACUUUUGUUUGCUGUGGGCACUUCAUUAGGAGCUUGCUAUUUGAUAUCUAGAAAAAAUGAUGAUCAGAAGCUUAGUAUACUUGGUCACGAACUAAGUUUAGCUCAACAAUAUGGACUUAUUGCCAUGGUGUCCCUACCACUCUUUUAUCUGGCUGGGGCUGGAUCUGUGGUCUUUUGGGUUCUAGGUGCAUCUAUGUUUCUGAUUGUCCUGCAUGCAUCUUUUUACAACAAUGAAUCACCUGAAGAAAGUUUUGAACAACCAAUUCUACAGGUUUAGAAAAAAUUCUGUGAUGGUCAAGUUUAAUAUAUUAUUUACACACUGCUGCCUUAU